ACUGGAGCAACACUAAUUAUAUUUAUGGCACCAUGCAGUCACAUGCACCUACCCCUGUUUACUUUGAACGACUGGAGAAAGCGAGGGCUGACGACGAUCUAUACUUGAGUUAUAAAAGUUAUAAGAAAUCAAAGAUGCGCCGGUGGCUCUGUUGUACUUGUCAUGGAGAAGAGUCUUACCCGUCACAUGAACAUGAGCACCUCAAAAGCCCGGGGAACCAAUUCGAUGGACAUCAAAAAGGCUCAAAGGUGUCAAUACCUACGAAACCUGAGGUGCAGAAGGCAAUCCCACCAAUUGAAGUGCCGGCAUUGUCCUUGGAUGAGCUGAAAGAAAAGACUGACAAUUUCGGAUCAAAGCAUUGAUUGGGGGAAGGAUCUUAUGGAAGAGUGUACUACGAACUUAAGCAAUGAAGAGCUGUGGCUGUGAAAAAACUUGACGUUUCUUCUGAGCCUGAGUCAAAUGUUGAGUUUUUGACACAGGUUUCCAUGGUUUCAAGACUGAAGCAUGAAAAUCUUGUUGAGUUGCUUGGUUACUGUGUUGAAGGAAACCUCCGUGUGCUUGCGUAUGAGUUUGCGACGAUGGGAUCACUGCAUGACAUUUUGCAUGGUAGAAAGGGAGUUCAAGGGGCACAACCAGGUCCAACUCUUGACUGGAUGCAGCGGGUGAGAAUUGCUGUUGAUGCAGCUAGGGGUUUGGAAUACCUGCAUGAGAAGGUUCAACCUGCAGUAAUACACAGAGAUAUCCGAUCCAGCAAUGUGCUGCUGUUUGAAGACUUCAAAGCCAAAAUUGCAGAUUUUAAUCUCUCAAAUCAGGCUCCUGAUAUGGCUGCCCGCCUUCAUUCUACUCGAGUCUUGGGGACUUUUGGUUAUCAUGCUCCAGAGUAAUGUUUCUGAUACUCAUGUUUGUUUGUUUCUUUCUUGGUUACUUCAUAAUUAUAUCUUGAUAUUUGUUUCAUUGUUCUGGAUUACUUUCCGCAUUUCAAAUUCCUAAAGUAUAACACUCGAUAUACUUAUGGUACAUAUGCUAGCCAUCCAUGAAUAUCCUGCUUUCGCCACUACAUCAAUUGUAGAUUUGUUGGAUACUGAGGGUGAAUUUUAUUCUCAGGUUUAUGUUUCUGGAUUAAGUAUUUGUUUUCCUUUAGGAGGCCGUCCUAAGAUAUAAAAGAAAGUUUCCGUUGCAUUUUGGAAAAUACUGUAGAACUCCAGCCCAUCAGUUUGGGUUAUACAGCCAGGAAAAACAGCUUAUCUUCUGCUCUGGACUGGAUUUGGAACUUGAUGUGCCAAUUA